AUGUUACAUACAACAAGCCAAGAACAAAGAGAUGCUAACACUGCUCAAAUACACAGAAAAAGAGCUGCAGAGACUGAUGAGCAAAGAAAUCAACAACGCCAACAUGAUGCUAAUGUCUAUCGACGCUAUCACGUAGAGGAACAAGAAGAGCAACAUCUGAAUCGACAACAAAAGAAUGCCAUUACUAAAUGCCAACGACGUGCUGAAGAAACAGAAGACCAAUGUGACAAUCGGAAUUAUCAAGAUGCUGCGGCUCACCGCCAACAACGUUCAUUCUACCAUCGAAUUGGAUCCUUAUUACCAGAAUCAGACUCCGAGCCACAUUAUUUGCAAAUGUAUAUCUGGGAUAUUCAAAAUGAGCUGCAUUAUCAAGCCAACACUAUUCCCAAUUCUAACCUUAACCUAUCUACUAUCCAAGCUUUAAAGGAUAUGCUUGAUGAAGUUAAUCCAUAUGCUAUCAAUCUUCGAUAUAUUUCAUAUUUACCUACUGAAAAUUUCAGGAAUUUAUUUAUGCUGAUCCAUACCAAUAUUCCCGGGCUUGAUCAAAGAACUUAUAAUGCCCCAUCAUCAUCUGAAGUUGCAGCUAUUUGGGUUAAUAACGAUGUGCCCCCUGGCGUCAUUCAGAAACGAGAUAUUAUAUUACACAUCCAUAUGAAUCAAUUAGUUUGUAUUUUCGAGUUUAGUAGGUGCUAUGAUCCCCUGGCAUACCCGCUAUUGUUUCCUCACAGUGAACAAAGCUGGGCUCCUCGCCAAAUUCCAUAUAGAAACAUUCCUUUUACCAAUGAGUUGGUUAAUAUUGAUAAAAGUUCUAAUAAAGAUGAUAGAAAUAAUGAUGAAUUGGAAAGAAUUCCAGAAGGCCAACAUCAGAUUCAGGCAGUUCUUCAAAGUCUGAAUAUAUUUUUACAAAGACAUAUGAAAACAAUAAACAAUUAUAACUUACCAGAAUUAUUGUCAGAAAUGAAUACUGCUGAAUUACCAAAAACAAUUUUGGAAAAGUUGUCUUAUCAGGUUACUCAAGAAGACCUCGCUAAAGCAAAUACGUUAAAUGAAGCUCAACGUGCAGUAUUCGAUAAAGUGCUAGAUCUUAUAAAUAGAGAAAAUGAUCUGAUUCGACUUCGUGAUGAAAUGAUCAUUCAUCCAUGGAAUAACAAAAAUUCUAUUGACUCUCUAAUAAAUACCGUAUACUUAAAUCUUACUGAAAAUACCUCGAACACUACCUUCAUAACAGAGAGAGCAAUACUAACACCGUUAAAUAGUGAUGUUGAUAAAAUUAAUGAGAAAAUAAUGGUCAACUUUGACUUAGUACCAGAAGACAAUCUAAAUCUAUAUCCAGUUGAAUAUCUUAAUUCUUUAAUACCUCAAGGUCUUCCUCCGCAUGAACUUAUAUUGAAGAUUGGUGCUCUCUAG